AUGUUAGCAAACUUGCGGAAUCGUGUUGAAGGACGCGCUAGCUUUGUUUGCAAUAGGUCAGCGGCUGCACCAGUGCGCGUCCGCUCUGCACACCGUGGGUCGGCGCGGCGACGGGGUCAAGCUGUGGUAGUGCGGGCAGAUACAGACUACUAUGACCUACUCGGCGUUCCGCGUACUGCUGACAAGAAAACGAUUAAGCAGGCAUAUCGUCAAAAAGCUCGCAAGUACCACCCUGACGUGAACAAGGAGCCGGGUGCAGAAGACCUUUUCAAGAAGAUUGGAGAGGCCUACGAGGUCCUGUCAGAUGAUACCAAGAAGGCAAUUUACGACAAGUACGGCGAGGCAGGGCUCAGGGGCGGUAUGGGCGGCAUGGGUGGCGGACCGGGAGUGGAGUUCACCAACCCCUUCGACCUGUUCGAGUCGUUCUUCGGCAUGGGGGGAAUGGGAGGAAUGGGCGGCAUGGGCGGCUUCAGCAGAGGCCCGGCCGGCCGGAACAGGGCCCAGCCCGGCGAGGAUGACAGGGUGGAUCUUCAGCUUGACUUCCUGGAGGCGGUGUUCGGCUGCGCGCGGGAGCUCGAUGUGGACCGGCUAACUGGCUGCGAGGAAUGUGAUACGACGGGGGUGCGCAAGGGCACCAGCCCCAGCACCUGCCCCACAUGCCAGGGCUCAGGCCAGGUCGUACAAGCCGUACGUACGCCUCUGGGCACCUUCCAGCAGGUGUCCCUCUGCUCGCGCUGCGAGGGCACUGGCCAGAUCUUCACGCCGUGUUCCAAGUGCCAGGGCGACGGCCGCGUGCGGGAGACGAAGCGCAUCUCCCUCAAGGUGCCGCCGGGCGUGGACGCGGGCAGUCGGCUGCGUGUGCGUGGUGAGGGCAACAGCGGGCGGCGCGGCGGCGAGCCGGGAGACCUGUACGUCAACAUCACCAUCAAGGACCAUCCGGAGCUGCGGCGCGACGGCAUGACAAUCCAUUCCGAUGUGGAGAUCAGUUACGUGGAUGCAAUCCUGGGGACGCAGGUCAAGGUGACGACCGUAGACGGGCCAGUGGAGCUCAAGAUCCCCGCCGGUACGCAGCCCGGUACCACCCUGCUCAUGGCGCGGCGCGGCGUACCCAAGCUGGGCGCCCCCUCUGUCCGCGGGGACCACAUGGUCCAUGUGCGGGUGCGCAUCCCCAAGACGGUCACCGCGGAGGAGCGCAAGCUGGUGGAGGAGCUCAAGGAGCUGCAGAGCAAGACGAAAGUGGGGCCCUUCAGGUUUUGA